CGCUCUUCCACCGCAGAUCUGCGCUCUUCCACCGCAGCUACGGAACGCUGUGUAGAGCCUAACCGCACCACUAUGAGAGUCCUGGUGGCGUGCCUCCUGUGCAUCCUGGUCGUGAGCGACUCCGAAGGUAGCCGUGAACAUCCAGCUUCUGACACAUCAAACUGUGGCUGUCUGAACGGAGGAAAAUGUGUUUCCUACAAGUACUUCUCCAACAUACAACGAUGCAGCUGCCCAAAGAAAUUCCAAGGGGAGCACUGUGAGAUAGAUACAUCAAAAACCUGCUAUGAGGGAAAUGGUCACUCUUAUCGAGGAAAGGCUAACACCAACACCAAGGGCCGGCCCUGUCUGGCUUGGAACUCUCCUGCUGUCCUUAAGAAACCAUAUCAUGCCCAUAGACAUGAUGCGCUUCAUCUGGGCCUGGGGAAACACAAUUACUGCAGGAACCCAGACAACCAGAGGUGGCCCUGGUGCUAUGUGCAGAUUGGCCGAAUGCAGUUUGCCCAAGAGUGCAUGGUGCAUGACUGCUCUGUUGGAAAAAGACCUUCCUUUCCACCAGAAGAAGAGUUCCAGUGUGGCCAGAAGGCUCUGAGGCCUCGCUUCAAGAUUAUUGGGGGAGAAUUCACUACUAUCGAGAGCCAGCCCUGGUUUGCAGCCAUCUACAGGAUGCAUCAGGGUGGCUCUGUCACCUAUGUGUGUGGUGGCAGCCUCAUCAGUCCUUGCUGGGUGGUCAGUGCCACACACUGCUUCAUUAAUCAUCCACAGAAAGAGGACUACAUCGUGUACCUGGGCCGGUCAAAUCUGAACUCCAAGACUCCUGGGGAGAUGAAGUUUGAGGUAGAGCAGCUCAUCUUGCAUGAGAACUAUAGCGCUGACAGCCUGGCGCACCACAAUGAUAUUGCCUUGUUGAAGAUUCGUUCCAGCCUGGGCCAGUGUGCGCAGCCAUCUCGGUCCAUACAGACUAUCUGCCUGCCCCCAAAGUUGAAUGAUGCUCAUUUUGGCACAAGCUGUGAGAUCACUGGCUUUGGGAAAGAGAAUCCUGCUGACUAUCUCUAUCCAGAGCAGCUGAAAAUGACUGUUGUAAAGCUAGUUUCCCACAAGGAGUGUCAGCAGCCCCACUACUAUGGCUCCGAAGUCACCACCAAAAUGCUGUGUGCUGCUGACCCACAGUGGGAAAAAGAUUCUUGCCAGGGAGAUUCUGGAGGACCCCUUGUUUGCUCUACCAACGGUCGCAUGACUCUGACUGGGAUUGUGAGCUGGGGCAGUGGAUGUGCCUUGAAGGACAAGCCAGGUGUCUACACAAGAGUCUCAUAUUUCCUGAACUGGAUCCAUAACCAUAUGAUGAAAGAGAAUGGCCUCUGAGCUCCCCUAGGGAGCAAAGGGAGGAAACAAAUGGACUGCCCAUUCCUAUGCUGACUGUCAUCUCUGCAGCAGAAUCAUCUCCAUCAGCGGUAGGGAAGAGGCUGGGGAAGAUGGGUUCUGCAAAACUGGUUUGCUUGUGCUGCCUACCAGAGGAUAAUAGCUUUACCCUCAAACAUGAGCCUGGGUGCUGGCCACCCAGACCCUCCUGGCCAGGAUGGAGAGGUGGUCCUGGCUCAGGAUGGUAUUGACCAGUAAUUGUUUUUUCUGAACUAAAGCCUCAUGGAGUUAUAAAAUGGAUUCUCCUGUGGAUGGUGGGAGGAGAGCUAGCUCCCCCAACAGAGGUCAUUCAUGAAGCCUGCUGCUGGGAAAUGCAUAAUUCCCCAAAUAGGAAGUGCAACUGCUGAGGUCUCUUAAGGUCACUUGGACAAUGUGGGAAUAGCUGUUUGGGGAGUGGAUACACUAAUGACUUGAGGGAAGGGCUCCAGCAUUCCAUGAAAUAUUCCAGAAAAUACUAUGUAUGUGUAUAUGUGUUCUUGUGUACUGGCUGUGAGUGUAAGAGCUGGUAUGUUCCUGUGUCUUACUGCAAGUCUAAACAGUUCCCUAAACUGUGAACUGUGAUGCCACACAGAGUGUUCUGUCUGGAGAUGGCGUAUGUCACAGCUGGGGCCUCUUGGGUCUCCCAUGUGAUGGUGCCUGUGAUUGUAUCAUACUCAAGCAUGACCUGUGACCAGCACUAAAUGUGUUUCACUUUUACAUACAUGUCUCUUUCUUGGCCAUUUAUCCUAUCACCCAAGUUCAUCCAGUCCUCACUGGGUGGGGUAAGGACCACUCAUGUAUACUGAAUAUUUAAUAAUUAUAUUCUGCUAUUUUAUUUAUAUCUAUUUUUAUAAUUAUGA